UAUGAACCAGACAAAAUCAUACUUGCUCUCCGUCCUCCACCACCACCAACAGCUUAUGUGGACCUCUGAUUCUUCCCUUUUACCAACAAAAACACCCUCAGCAACGGAUUCCUGGCGAAAUCGCUCUCACAAUCUUCUAACGAAACGAUAUGUUCGUGUGCUCAUAGCAGGCAUCGUUUCGGUUUCAGUACUUCUCUUUCUCUUCCGAGGGGAGGGACCAGAGCCUCCUAACUCUUAUUUCCCCUUACCACUCCCAUUCGAGUCGGAUCUACCCCCUCUAUACGAACAAUAUCACGAAUACGAAAGACGGUUACCGCAGCAUGAUGCAUCAUUGCCGGCGCCAGAGGGGAAGCAUGCCAAAUAUCUGUUCUUUGGAAACCACGCGUAUGCGUCGGGAUGGGGAAAUAUAAUGCAGGAGCUGCUAAUGAACGCGCUUCUCGCAUACUCGACGAAAAGAGCCUUUGUGUUCGACAAUUACACCUGGUCGAGAGAGCUUUCCGACUACUCAGACUUUAAUGGAAAUAUCAUUCCGUCUCGAAUACCGCUGUCUGCUUUAAUAUCAGGUCCCAUAAUAGGCGCUCCAUUUGGCCCCCGCAGCGAUGUGCCGCGCGCGGUAUCACUAGAAUUCUUUCGACAGCAGUGUCCCGAACCUCUCGUUCUAACGACAAACGCAGUCAAGGACAGGCUGGGGAACGUAGAGGCCUCAGAGAUCCUGCAGACAUGGAUAAAGGAGAUUGACGCUAUACCGGACCGAUGCGUCGAGUUUGAGAAAGACACGCCCCAUGUUUUCGAUGUCUGGCUGUUCUCAGACACCCUUUUGCUCUCUAUAUUUCCACACAUAAAGGACACCCCGAUUAUUACAGACUUUGGGUGGUCUCCACUCAUCUUGUCCGCAUACGAUGCCAAUCGCGAGCUCUUCGAGGACAAGACUUCAACAUCCCUGCUCGGUUUCAACAUUCCAUCCUUCUUGUCUCCAACACCGCCUGCCAUCGAACAGACCCCGCCUUACCCACCUUUACCGGGUCUCAUCGCUCUCCACAUCCGCCGCGGCGACUUCAGGGAACACUGUACGAACCUGGCUGGCUGGAAUACACACUACAAUGGCCUCAACUCAUUCCCCGAGCUUCCGGACAAGUUUGUGCCCCCAUACGAUGCUCCGGAAGAGGAGAAGAUAUCCAGGUACCUAGACCACUGCUAUCCCAACAUUGAACAGAUCGUCGAGAAAGUGAGGCAGGAGCGACGAGGGAAACCUCUCAAUCGAGUAUACAUCAUGUCGAAUGGGGAGCGCGGCUGGCUGAGGGCGUUGAAGACGGCAUUAGGACAGAUAGGCGAGUGGGAGGGCAUCGCGACGAGCAGGGAUCUGACGUACACCCGGGAGCAAAAGUACGUCGCUCAGUCGCUUGACAUGUAUAUUGGACAGCGGGCAGAAGUCUUUGUUGGUAAUGGGUUCUCGAGUCUAACAUCCAACGUGGUGACACUUCGUAUGGCAAACAACGUAGAUCCUCAAAAUACACGCUUCUGGUGAUUUGGCAUGGUUGGAUAGAUUUCUUCUCGUUUCCCGUGCGGCUUCUGUGUAUUUGUUUUUUUUUUAACGAUAAAGAUACCCCAUAAGUAUUGUAAACGAGCAUCGAACAGUACAUAUAGCUUGUAAUACAUGCACAGAGUUCUGGUCUAAGAUC